GUUUGUGGAACCCAAUCUCCACAGCCGGGCCGAAGUGGCUUUAAUGUUGGAUAAAAAAGAGAUGGAAUCACUUGUCCUUUGGCCUGCUGGUGUCCUCAUUCUGCUGUAGAGACCCAGCGAUGGACCAACAAGGACCCUGAGGCUGAAGUGUGCGUCUAGUCCUAACCGGUCUGCAGCUUCCUGAAGGCCGUCAAGUGUCGCUGAGAGGGCUGCUAGAGGUCGUGCGCUCAUGGCUCUGCAGGAGCUUGGCGUCAGCCUGACCAUGGUAGGCGUGGCGGGCACCAUCUUGAUCUGCGCCCUGCCCAUGUGGAAGGUGACGGCCUUCAUCGGGACACGCCUGGUGGUCAUGCAGGUGUUCUGGGAGGGUCUGUGGAUGACGUGUGUCAGCGAGUACACGGGUCAGAUGCAGUGCAAGCUCUACGACGCCCUCCUGGAUCUGUCGCCCGACCUGCAGGCGGCGCGCGGCCUCAUCUGCAUCAGCCUGGUGCUGGGAUGUCUCGCCUUCCUCGUCUUCCUGCUGGGGGCUCGCUGCACCAAGUGCCUGAGCCACCCCGGCGUCAAGACCCGGGUGGUGCUGGGGUCAGGGGUCGUCUUCUGCUUGGCGGCCCUUGCCUCGCUGGUGGCGGUGUCCUGGACGGCCAACAACGUCAUCAGAGACUUCCACAACCCCCGCGUCCCUGAGGUGCUCAAGAGGGAGCUUGGGGCGGCCAUUUAUAUUGGCUUUGUCACAUCUGGCCUGAUGCUGUGUGGGGGGGUCAUUCUGUGUGCAAGCAGGCCGUCGCCGAGGACCACCUUCCAUUCCAGUGGGUACACGCCAGCCAGGACUUCCACACACAGCGGCUACGCCAUCAAGAAUUACGUCUGA